GGUCUCUGACAGGCGGACCAGGUUUACUUGAUCGUCACACUCUCUGUCUGUCCGGUCCAGUUGGUCAGCCCAGGCCUCCUCUGUGAAUUUCCCAAACUGUCCAUGGUGCAUUGGACUCAGGGGAAGACAGUGUUAUGGAUGGCCAUGCAACUAUGUACGUGACCGUCCAUUGUAUGUCUUCCUGUGGCUCAAUUUGCAGGAAGAUUCGGUGCAAAACAUAUGAUCAUAUGUCAUAAAGAAGUCCCCAUACCUGAUGAAAAAUUACCAUUUUAUACUGCAGUGUAUGCACAAAGGCUGGCAGGAAGAGGACCAGAGGCUCAUGAAUCCACAAAGUCUGUCUGGAGGGACGCCAUCGUCUCCUGUCUCAGGCCCCUCCAGCUGGUCCUGCAGAGGAUGUUGUGUGGCAGAAUGAGGAGAGUCCAGUCUCCCUGUCGAGAGGUCUCCCCUGUGCCGUCCUACUACUCCGAGCCUGUCUCCCUGCCACGACACAAGGAUGUGCUGCGGGGCCUGGCCAGUGUCGGAGGGCUGGACCGAGAGGACGCAGAGGAGGUCCUGAGCUUGAGGAGCCUUCCUUGUGUGAGGAGCACCCUAAAUAAGGACCUCCACAAGGUCAAGAGGUCGAGAGGGUUCCCGACCCGACAGCUGGUGAAGGACGUCUCGGACGUCAGACUUCCGGCCAUCGGCCAUCAGCAGCAGGAGUCCAGGCCCAUGCUCAUAGUAAGAGGUUUGCGCUGUGGAAGGAAAAUGGACAAAUGUCCCCCACUAAUGAGCUCCAGACGGGUCCAGGACUCCAGCCGGGAGGCCAGCCUGCCCGAGAGGCCACCUGGGCGGGCAGGCAGAAGACCAGACAGACAGGUAGUCAGCUCCUCUUCCUCUGAGCUCAGCCCAGCGCAUCACCAUCCAUCCCCCAGAGGAACGGAUCCCGCUCCGCAGAUAUCCAGCGAGAUGGCGGAUACCCUGGAGUUAUCCUCCAGGCAUCCUUCCCAUAAUCCCUUGGGAUCUUCCGUAUCACCUCGCAGGCGGUUCCUGGUCACGGCCAGCCAUGCAUCACGUGGCGUGACUAACGCGGGCAAGACUGCAACACACGCUGUGCUGCCCCGGCCAGGGUGGAGGCGGGGGGUGGUGUUGAAGAGGGGCGCCCUGGAGUGCGUGUGGGAGGAGGAGGGUUUCGGGGCGCCCCCCCCACCCUUGUCUGGGCCGUGCCCCCACCUCCUGGAGCCCCUGUCGGGCUUCCGCGAGCAGCUGCGCCGGCAGCUCUUGCACUCGCCACUGCCCUACCGAGAGGAGGCGACGUCGGGGGGAGCCCACGGCAAGGUGACCCCCACCUCCGCCCACCACCACCUCCACCACCACCACCACCACCACCACCACAUAAUCUGCCCACUGGAUGGGGCGGCAGCCGUGUCCCGGGGGACAGUCACCAUCUUGCUGCAGGAUGCGGUGGACGCGCCCGGCCGGCACGGGCGAACGCUGCCCAAAAUCACCAUGACCCGGCCGACGCCCUCGCCGAAGCACAGCGCGCUGCGCAGCGAAAGCCGGCAGUUAGCCUGAAUCCAUGUCUGUUUUCCGACGCCGAUCCGCCGAUCAUCUGGAAUUGGACAGCCGUCUGGUAGCAGGGACACUACAAGAUGCGGAUGGGUGGGGAUUUGCCAGGCGUCUGUCUUAUAGUGCCCCCCUGUGGAUGAAUCUUGGGAGAGCUGUUCUGUCUGAUGGGCUCUGCUGUUUGGGUGGAUGGACGCAUGACUCAGCCUCCUCACCUCACAUUUGUUGCCAUCCAGCCGAUGUACUUCUAUUCUCCAGAGCCACUUGUUUUUUUAUUCAAACGCAGAAUUUUUUUUUAUCAGAUUUUAUCUUUUCUUUUUUUUCUUUUUUUAUCCCUGGGUGCCAAUCCUCACUCUCCAGUUCAGCACCAGCACUAGACUCCUCUGGAAUACAGACUCUUAACCCUCUGGAGUCUCAGGCCUGUCAGAUCCCUUUUUUGUGGUAGUCUGACAUGCCUUGACAUCUCUCUAUAAACAUUGAUCCAAAAAGUGUCUAGGUACUGUAACAGACUCCUCUGGAGUGCAAACUCUUCACUAUGAGUAGCACAGCCCUCCUCUCGAUGCCUGUAGGCAAGGCAGGUUUAUAUACUGUAGAGGCCACAACUCAUGCACAUUGCCAAUUCAAAGACUGUUAUAGCGGAGCAGGUAAAAGGACAGAAGAAGAAUAGAUAUUUAAAAAGUGUUUAAUCAAGUUCAUAACAGACUAGCGUCCAUCUCUGCAACCUGACUGCCUAUAUACUCAAUCAAAAGCCUAGAGAUGAUCGAUGUUCUCUCUCGCUAUCCUGUAAGCCUGAAGAGUUCGGCUUCAGUAUACUGCCUGCCUAUAGACUGGCUUCAAUUUCUGCACACAAUCUCUCAGAGUGCAUACACACAAAGCUGUGACAGCCAUCUGUCUGAUAUGUUUUUUUGUCUCUUACCCCGGGCGCAUGGCCGUUUCUGUUGGACACACAGGCGCGCGGUAGAUAUGCUAAUGACGACCGAGCAGCUUAUUUAUACCCACCGACAGCUGUGGGUUUACCACCCCAUGAUUGAAGCGUGGCGUGUGCUUAAUUGGCCUGCAAUAACAGCGAUUUCAGAAGCGGGGCUUUUAUGGUAUAGGGGAUGUUUAUGGUGUGCCAGAGAACACUUGCUGCACUGGAGACAGAUUUCGACAGGAAUUGCUCCUCGUUUAUUUACACGUGCUGUAUUCUACUCGUUGGUUGUUGUUUUAAUGAGAAGUCUUUUGGUUGAAUGAAAAGUCAUUUAGUAUCAUAAAUAGUCAUAAAUGAU